AUGUCCUCCAGACCGUCCAAGAAGCGCGAUGGUGCUCCGUCCGCCAAAAUCAAGGACUCGCGCUUUGCCAGCUUUGAAACCGACCCUCGCUAUGCACUUCCCUCUAAGAAGAAGUCUAAGACGACCAUCGACAAACGGUUCUCGCGCAUGCUGAAAGAUGACGAGUUCACCGCCGUCUCCAGAGUCGACAAGUACGGGCGGAAGAUCAAGUCCGAUUCCAAGAAGAAGGCCCUGCAGAGGCUGUACCAAGACGAGGACGAUGAAGAAGACGUGGAGGUCGAAGAUGAUGAUAUUAUCCAGCGGGAGUUGGAAAAGGCCGAAGCGAACUAUGAUCCUGCAAGAGGAGGUGGUUUCUCUUCCUCCGAGUCUGACACAGACUCAGAACCUGAAUCUGCCGACGAGGAAGAUGAGGACGCACAGGAAGAGGUCGACACAGCACCCGACAUGCAGAAAUACCGAACGCAGCAAACGGAGGUGGAAACCGGAGAUGUCACAAAUCGCAUCGCUAUUGUCAAUAUUGAUUGGGACAACAUCAAGUCGGUGGACCUGAUGGCUUUGUUUAAGAGCUUUGUGCCCAUCAGUGGGCGCAUCGAGAGGGUCUCCAUAUAUCCCUCCGAAUUUGGCAAGGAGAGAAUGCAGCGCGAGGAGCUCGAGGGCCCACCCAAAGAGAUUUUUAAGAAGGGCAAGGCUGGCGGAGAAGACUCGGACGAAGACUCGGACGAUGACGAGGUCUCGGAGGCUGAAGAUGACGAGGAAGUGGACAGCGACGAAGAGGUCAAGCAGGAUCUCUUGAAAGAGGGCAACGACGAGGAUUUCGACAGCGACGCAUUACGAACGUAUCAGCUCGAUAGGCUACGGUACUACUAUGCUGUGAUGGUCUGCUCGGACAAAAAUACGGCACAGAAAAUCUAUGAGGCAACAGAUGGAUCUGAAUACCUCUCGUCCUCCAACUUCUUGGACCUGAGAUUUGUACCUGACGACGUUACGUUCGACGACGAACCCCGAGACGAAUGCGAAAAUGUUCCUGAGAACUACAAACCAGUCGAGUUCGUCACCGACGCUCUCCAGCACUCAAAGGUCAAGCUCACGUGGGACGUGGAUCCUGAGGAAGUCAAGCGAAAGGAGUCCAUCAAGAACGCUUUCAGCGGAAGUAGGGCAGACAUCGCGGAAAAUGACCUGCGAGUCUACUUGGCAAGUGAUAGCGAGGACGAAGAGGAGGAAGAGGAUGCUGCAGAGGGAACUACUGCCGCACCAAAGCUGAGCAAGAAGGAGCUUGCUCGCAAGAAGAUGCGGGAAGCUCUUGGGCUGAGUGAUGAGCCCACAGACAAGUCUUCCAACUUAGGCCCUAUGGGGGAUAUGGAGAUCACGUUCACCCCGGCACUGACAGAAGGUUCUGGUAAAAAGAAGAAUCCAGAGGAUGAGACUACUGCUGAGAAGUACAUCCGCAAGGAACGCGAGAGAAAAGCCAGGAAGAAAGAGCAGGCUGCUGCCAAGGCAGGGAACGACAACACAAAUGCUGAAGAUGAGCCACAGGAGGACCUCGGUUUUGACGACCCUUUCUUCACCAUUGAUGAGCCUAAACAAACUUCAAAAGCUCAAAUGCACAAAGAAGAACGCCGUAAGAAGCGAGAGGCCAGGGAGGCCGAGGAGAAAAAGAGCGCUGUUGAUAGGGCACAGCUGGAACUGCUCAUGGCAGACAAUCACGAUGAGGAGACAGGUCAUCUGGCUCAUUUCAAUAUGGAUGAGAUUCUGAAGGCUGAAAAGAACAAGAAAAAGAAGAAGGGCAAGAAGGGCAAGAAGGAUAAUGAGAACGCAGGAGGGCUGCAAGAGGAUUUCAAGAUGGACGUGGGUGAUGAUCGUUUCAAGGCGGUGUUCGAGGACCACGAAUUUGCCAUCGAUCCAUCCAAUCCUAAGUUCAAGGCCACGUCGGGAAUGAAGCAGCUGCUUGAGGAAGGCAGAAAGAAGCGCAAACAAGGAGGGGGUGAUGCCGCCGAUGAACCAAGGGAAAAGAAGGCCAAGAAGGCCAAAGAUGCUAGCCAAGACUUGAACAGUGUGGUCACCUCGGUCAAGAAGAAGUCUCUUGGCAAGAAGUAG